CGAGCAAAAGAACGAAAUGAACAAGAUUCAAAAUUCGAAUUGAACCAACGAUUUGACAGAAAAGCUCUUCCUGCCGCUAGUUUCCUAGUCCGCAAUUUUUGUGCCAUAGUGUCCAUAUAUUUAAAUCAAUUGAGUUGCCGCUGUAUAUUAGUGGACGAAUCCCUGUAAAAUGUCUGGCCGGGGCAAUCUGCUUUCCUUGUUUAAAAAGACUGGAGCUUCUGCAGCUUCUACAUCAAGUGGCGAACAGGCCAAGGACAGUGGACUUGAUGGAGAUUUGUCCCUUUCGAGCCUAGAAGCUGGACAAGAGAAUAUACCGCAUGAACUUGCAGCCGAUUUACAAAAUAUUAAAAUAUCCAAGGGCCGCGGGCGAGCUCGUUUAUUGGAAUCAUUUAAAAGUUCGACACAAUUGGGCAAUGUUGCGUCAGUCGGGGCUUCAUCAUUAGUAGUUCAGGAGAAACCUAAGGAGGCUAUACACCAUAAGCCGACCAUUUCAAGCAGUGGAUUGUAUUUCCCAGAGAAAGUAUACGGGAGCACAGGCGCACCUGUCAAUUUAACAUGCAAUUAUAUAAAUUUGCAAUCUGACCCGAACAAGGGAGUUUAUCUAUAUGAAGUUCGAUUUAAUCCUGCAGUUGAUUCCAAACAACUGCGAAAUCAUUAUUUAAAUGAACAUAAGGAUAAAUUUGGUGGAACUAAAACCUUCGAUGGCGUAAAUCUCUACUUACCGAUAAUGCUGGACAAGGAACUGACAACCUAUGUCUCGAACAGUAAGGAAGGCACUAAGAUUGAAGUACGCAUUUUGUUUAAGAAAAAGGAAUCUCUAAAGAACUGUUUGCCAUUGUAUAACAUUUUGUUUGAUCGCGUAAUGAAUUCGCUGAAGUACGUUAGAUUCGAUCGCAAGCAGUACGAUCCGUCCUGCCCAAAGGUAAUACCUAUAGCCAAGCUGGAAGUUUGGCCAGGUUACGUAACUGCUGUCGAUGAAUUCGAUGGCGGUCUUAUGCUUUGUUGCGACGUUUCGCAUCGUCUGCUCUGCCAAAAGACUGUGUUGGAAAUGCUCAUUGAGUUAUAUCAUCAAAACAAGAGCAAUUACCAGGAUCAGGCCAAAAAGUGCCUAAUAGGAAAUAUUGUGCUUACACGUUAUAAUAAUCGCACAUAUAAAAUUGAUGAUAUUUGCUUUACACAAAAUCCGAGCUCAACUUUUGAAACACAUACGGGCUCAAUAAACUAUACGGAUUAUUACAAAAAUCAUCACAACAUAACCAUAAAAGAUAUUAAACAACCCUUGCUUCUAAGCAUGAAAAAAGCACGCGGAGCGGAUGGAGCAAGCGCCAAUGAUUUGAAAUUUUGUUUGAUACCAGAACUUUGUUAUCUUACUGGUCUACGGGAUGAAAUGCGUGAGGAUAAAAAGCUUAUGCGAGAGAUUGCCACUUACACCAGAGUGUCGCCAAAUCAGCGUAUGUUGGCGCUUGAAAAGUUUUUCGACUCUGUAACUAAGAGCCCAGAUGCAAAAGCCAUACUAGCAAGCUGGGGAUUGACGCUCAUGAAAAAUUUCAAUGUGCAAGGACGCAAAAUGAGUCCGGAGCAAAUAUACUUUGCAAACAAGGAUGUUUCGGCUGGAUAUAAAGCGGAUUUCAACAACGAUGCUUUAAGUUCUGAAAUGCUGGAUGUUGUGCAUCUGAAUACCUGGAUAUUAAUCCAUCACAAAAAUGAUUUUCGUGCUGCACAGACCUUGCUUGAAAAUAUGAAACGUUGCUGCCAAGCACUUGGCAUGAAAAUAGCAAGCCCAAGAAUAAUAAGUUUGGAUCAGGAUCGCGUGGACUUGUAUGUGGAUGCACUACGUCGUAACAUUGACAUGAAUUGCCAACUUGUAGUAUGCAUAACCCCCAAUAUGCGAGAAGAUAGAUACUCUGCCAUUAAGAAAAUCUGCUGCUCAGAGUUGCCAGUGGCAUCUCAGGUUAUAAACGCACGGACAUUGGCUAAUGAAAGCAAGAAUCGCUCUAUUGUGCAGAAAAUCAUAUUACAAGUGAAUUGUAAAAUGGGCGGCAGCUUGUGGACUGUGAAGAUUCCAUUUAAGUCGGUUAUGGUCUGUGGCAUAGACUCUUAUCACGAUCCUUCACAAAAAAAAAACUCAGUAGCAGCUUUUGUUGCUUCAUUAAACAACACUUAUACCAAUUGGUAUAGUAAGGCUAUAAUUCAAACCAAGAGGGAAGAGAUUGUGGGUGGCCUUACAGCUGCAUUUGAGGCGGCGUUGGCCUGCUAUAAAGCUCGCAACGGCAAUCUUCCCGACAGCGUUAUUAUAUACAGAGAUGGAGUUGGCGACGGUCAACUUGCCUUAUGUUCCAACUACGAAGUUCCUCAAUUUGAGGCAGCAUGUAAAGGGAAGGUUCGCAUUACGUUUAUAGUUGUGCAAAAACGUAUUAAUACACGCUUUUUUACGGGCUCGAUGAAAAACUUUGAUAAUCCUCAGCCAGGCACUGUUAUAGAUCAACGCAUUACACGAUCUCAUAUGUAUGACUUCUUUCUGGUCUCGCAACAGGUGCGUCAGGGCACAGUCAGCCCCACACAUUUUGUUGUUUUACGUGAUGAUUCCAACUACGGUCCUGACAUUGUACAAAAACUUAGUUAUAAGCUUUGCUUCCUUUAUUAUAAUUGGCCUGGAACUGUGCGCAUUCCAGCUUCUUGUAUGUACGCUCAUAAGCUAGCUUAUUUAAUUGGCGAAAGUAUACAACGGGACACAGCAGAUAGUUUAAAGGAAAAACUAUUUUAUUUAUAAGUCAGCCCUUGGUGCAUUUUUGCUAU